GAGGCGAUCCCGGCGGACCACAUGCGCGCCAUCAACAACGUGUUGUCGGCGCUAGAGCAGGCGUGGAGCCCCCAGCAGGCCGUGCGUUGCGGAGAAACCAUGCACGAGUUGUUCGAGUCGCUGCGCUACAACCCAAGGCAGGGCGAGCGCAUCACGGACUCCAUCCCGAGGUAUGCGUUCACGGAUGUCAAGAAGAUAGUGAUCAGACUCUUCCCUCACCUGCACGUGUUGGAG